UUCAACGAGUAAGAUGUCGCGUUUCUUAAUACCUUUUCUACUGCUCUUAUCUGUAUGGGUAGAGCCAAGUUGGCUUAAGCCAUUACCGCUACCCGUUUUGGAUCCAGAAGAAGCUGGCGGUUUCUUUGAGGGUGAUAUGCAAUUGACCCCGGAACAGGAAUUAACAAGAAAAGGAGGAUUUAUACAAGGACGCAAUGGCCUAAUAGAUGAAAAAAAGAGAUGGCCCGAUAACGUGGUUGUAUAUAAAAUUUCUGAUGAUUUUGAUUCCAGUCAUAAGCAAGCAAUUCUGAAUGGUAUUGCUACCCUCGAAUUGAAUACAUGUGUCAGAUUUCGAGAGGCCAUCGAUGGGGAGGAUGAAAUUUAUUUGAGCAUAACUGCCAAAUCUGGUGGCUGCUAUACUGCUGUUGGAUAUCAGAGUAAACCGCAGGAAAUGAACUUGGAAAUUUAUCCCUUGGGCGAAGGAUGCUUUCGUCCGGGCACUAUAUUGCAUGAAUUCAUGCAUGCCUUGGGCUUUUAUCAUCAACAAAGUUCUGCCAUACGUGAUGACUAUAUACAGGUUGUCUAUGACAAUAUUGUGCCCGGCAAAGAGUUCAAUUUUGAAAAGUAUUCCCCCGACAAGGUAACCGAUUUCGAAAUGGGCUACGACUAUGAUAGUUGCCUGCAUUAUCGUCCUGGUGCUUUCUCCACUAACGGAGAGGAUACAAUCGUUCCAUUGGAUUCAACAGCACAGAUUGGCCAACGUCUAGGUCUAAGUUCAAAGGAUAUUGAUAAAAUUAAUAUUAUGUACAAGUGCCCAAUUUUAUUAUAAAAUUGGGAGUUAAUCUGUGUAUAUAUUUAUUAAGCCAUAUUGUGAUAAUUCCGACUGUAGUGUAUUAGAUCGCUUUAUGGAUCUAACACUAUCAUUUGUCGGUGAUGUAUUUAUUAAACCUUUGAAAUGAAAAAAGAA